UCGGUUUGGAUGGUGUUUGUUAUGGUCUGGGUUUUGGGUUCAGAGUCUGGACAGUAUGAGUGUCUUUCUGCUGUAAACACCCAUUCAUGCGCUCGGACGAUUUCCUGGAUAGUUAAGUGGUUCGCCGCCUGAUGAUAUGGAGAAAGUCCGAAAGAUUCUAGUUCAUCUGUCGAAGGAAAACGCCGCUCCGCAGUGCGCGCGAUUCGUGCAGAGCAUAACUGGACACUUUGUCGGGAGCGUUGAGGAUCAGGCAACUGUGAGCUGUUCUUUGGAGAAUAACAGAUUUAUUUUAUGUGACAGGAUGUGUGAUGGAGGAGUUCCUCUGAAGAGGGCGGCAUUUUGCCCCAUCAAAUACCUGUCUCACUCAGAGGCAGAGUCCCUGCCCCCAGAUACCCUCAACCGUGGGGUAGACGUGGGCGUGGCUGUGCUGCUGCAGUCAGCCAAUCAGAGACUGUUGCUAACGCGUCGCGCCUCCAGCCUCCGGAUCUUCCCCAAUGUUUGGGUUCCGCCCGGUGGCCAUGUGGAGCUGGAUGAAAAGCUGUUGGAUGCAGGACUCAGGGAGCUGAAGGAAGAGACCGGUCUGAAACUGAGCCCUGAUGAGAUCUCCUCUCAGCUGCUCGGCUUGUGGGAGUCAGUGUAUCCACCCAUGCUGUCCAGAGGACUGCCUAAGAGACAUCACAUUGUGACAUACAUACUUCUGAAGAGCUCUCAAUCACACCUGCAGCUACAGGCUUGUUUGCGCCCUGAUCCUGCUGAAGUCAGUGCGUGUGUGUGGGUCGAUGCAGGUCUGGUGAAAGUUGUAGUAUCUGCAGUAGAUGGUGAGAAGGAUUCUGUUCAAAUACCAACUGAGCUGCCACAGACCAUCAGUGUGACAGAGGUGUCUCCACACGGUGAGCUAAUCGAGACCUCGCUGCCUGUUUCUGUGCUCUGUAACCGGGCCCCGGAUCAUGGCGAGGACAUUGAACGAGUCAGCACUGGAACCAAAUUUGCCUUAGAACUGUGGUUGAAAACACUGGAGCCUCAUGCUGAGAUGAGCUGAUGACUCAUCUAUGUACGUUACCAUUUAACCAGUGGAAGACAGCACCACCUGCUGGACUGGAGCUAUUUCAACAUUCAAAUCAAAAUGUUGUCAAAACGGCCUUAGAAAAAGCGUUUUGAUUGGAAUAUGAUUUUAUAAUUAUCAGAAUGUUUAUCCAACAUUUUAUUAAUAACAACUGAGACAUCAUCUCGGUCCACUGUAGGGUGGUGGAAACUUCUUCCCUCUGCUAAAUAUAGCAAAUUUGAUUUAAUGCAGUGCAGUGAUUAACCUACCUUACAUUUUUCUUCCACACACAACUGCAAAUGCUUUGUUUUAAAGGAAAACCAUUUUUGUUUUCUGUUCACAUGACCAGCAGAACAUUCACUUUGUUUCAGUAACCCCCCAAUAAUCAGACACUUCCAUAUGCAGAAUAAAUGAAUUGUGACAAAUACACCUAUUAAUUGGAUAUUUCCUGAACAGUUUGUGUGUGUGAAUUCAGGGUCAGUUUAAACAGCAGAGACGGAAAUAUGGGAAAAAUGAAAUUUCAUCACCGAUUACAUUUGACCGCUGAGAUAGUCUGCAGAAUUUCCCUUGCCUCACGCUUCCUCUGACACAUUUAUGUUCUUGUUGUUCAAAUACUCCGUAUCUUGAUUUCUCAAUCAAGUUAAUGCCUGGCACAUUUUUAUCCUCUUUGCUUUUAAAAAGAAUUUGACCUGAAGUGACACAGUGUAGUCUAGUUCUGUUCGGUUUAUUCCAUAUUUGUCACCCAAUGCACAAACUAACUAAAACUCAUCCUCUUGAUCUAUGGUAGAACCAGGCAGUGUCACUAACAAUUUUAGGGUUUAUUCCCCAUGAAACAGUAUUUUCCAUAAAAAAAAAAUUAAAAAAAACUUUCACUAAAUCACUGUUAAUACAUCACAUUACUGUUAUCAUUCAAUCCAUUUUUAAAAGUUACAAAUUACUUUGCGCAAAGGUAUAUAGUAGAAAAAUAAAUUCUAAAUCAAUGUAAUGGCAUGUAAAAUCAUUUCCCUGUCCGUUCAACAUCCUGCAGUACAGUGCCGGAUGUAUGACAGUUUUACAUCCAACAAGGGUUUCCUCAGGCCUCGUUCUUCACAUAUGGAAGGAGGGACAAUGUUGGGGGCCAGAAAACCUGAAUGAUUGAGUUAAAGUGUGAGUUUGAGCUGGGUUAUUUACAGAAGUGUGUCAUGCUCACAGCUGCAUAUGUGUUUUUUACUAUACCUGUGUCCUUCAUUGGUUCACCACGUACAUUCCUGUCCUGUUUUUCGGAGGUUUUUCUCUGACAUUCUGUUAAAACAAUUAAAAAGUCAAUUAACAUUAGAUGACAAUGAAGGGCAUGUAUAAACUAACGUCCAUCAGCAUUAGAAAUAACUUUUUAUGUCAUUA